AUGUACACGGUAAUCUCCAGGUUUGUCACGUCGUCGCAGAAGCUGCCGCUACUACGCUGCAGUGUGCUCAAGCCUUCAACACUUUUACUGUUUCGUUCAUACUCGUCUGAUCCAUUCCGUGUCAAACAAUCUCAACCAAAGAAAGAUGCAAAGCCCACUUCCAAGUUUGGCAAAUUGGUCAAGUACGUGCAAUCCGAGUAUUUUCAGGAUAAGACUAUGCCGAAGAUCUAUCUCAGUGCUAUAAUUGUGGCAUUCAUUCCAUUGUAUUUUUACAUGCGGGAUCGUUAUUACGAAGACAAACAACUCAAAAUCAUACGUGAAAAAUACGCCAACGAUCCCAAGUCCUUAAGUGAGUAUGAAUACUUAGCUUUAAAGUCGUUAAGCCAGACUGAUAAGUUAAGACCAUUGGAGCAGAAAAAGUACAAGAUCUACCAGCUCAUGCGGAAAGAAUUUAGACGCAAGAACUUCUUGUCAGGGGAGAUGUUUAACCCUAGUCCCGAAGAGUUAGACGACUGGUAUCUGAAACAAGCAAGGUUCAGUAGCAAGAAGAAGAAAGCACCUAUUUUGCAAGAUGUGCUGGAAGAAUACAAGGUAAACUCUGACAAUUCGUCCAUUGCAGCACCUGAAGAUACCACCGACUUUUAUGACGCCAAGGCAAAAGAAUAUGACGAUGCUGUGAAGUGGGAAGAGCGUGGAAUCUUUAUGGGUAUAAGAAGAAGAUGGUUGAUGUCGCAUGUCAAAGGCGACGUAUUGGAAGUUUCUUGUGGAACUGGUAGAAACAUCCCAUAUUUAUCUUCGUAUAUUGAAAAAGUCAGGUCAAUUACGUUUCUCGAUUCAUCAAAGAACAUGGUUGAAGUGACAAAGGAAAAAUUCGAAAAAGCUUUCCCCAACUUUAAAAAGGUUGCGUUUACACAAGGGAAGGCUGAGGACUUAUUGAAAAUGGCACCUGACGAUAAUUCUUUGAAAUACGACACCGUUGUAGAGGCUUUUGGUUUGUGCUGCCACGAGGAUCCAGUGCAAGUGUUACGAAACAUGGCAAAAUUGCUUAAACCAGGAGGAAGGAUAAUUUUGCUUGAACAUGGAAGAUCAAAAUGGGAUUUCAUCAAUAAUCAUUUAGAUUUCAGAUCUGAAAAGAGAAUGAAGAAAUGGAAAUGUAGAUGGAAUUUGGAUAUCGGCGAGCUAGUUGAUGAGGCUAAUCUAGACAUUACUUUGGAGAAAAGAGCACAUUUGAGCACAACUUGGAUGUUGGUGUUGAAACGACCAGAAGACCCCAUCACUUUGGAUGAGAAGCCAUUCUUGGAUAAGUUGUUUGGAAGAGAAUCCAAAUCAUUUAGAAAGUGA